UUUAGCAAAACACUUCCAAAACCCCCUCUGACUGGACGUAAAGAAGAUUCGUCCGGGGAAAAACGUGGAGGUGAAAGAAAGAAGUCUCCGAACGACGAGAGGAAAGUCUGAAGGAAACAGGGAGCAGCGGUCUGCUUGUGGUAAAGGCUUUCUGGGCUCGGAGUGAUAUGGCUGGCACUCCCAACAAGCUCGCUGCUCUUGUCCCCUGCGUGUGGAUACUCGCGAUGCUCCUUGACCCCAGCACUCAAAACGGGGCCGUCGCUGGACACCGAGAGCCUCUUCCUGAUGACAGCAAAGACAACAUUACCAUUUUCACCCGGAUUCUGGACCGCUUGCUGGAUGGCUAUGACAACAGGCUGCGCCCCGGCCUCGGAGAGAGUGUGACUGAAGUUCGAACUAACAUCUACGUGACCAGUUUUGGACCAGUUUCAGACACAGACAUGGAGUACACGAUUGAUGUAUUCUUCCGGCAGAGCUGGCGGGACGAGAGGCUGAAGUUUGAUGGGCCCAUGCAAGUUCUUCCACUCAACAACCUGCUGGCCAGCAAGAUCUGGACUCCAGAUACGUUCUUCCACAAUGGAAAGAAGUCCGUGGCACACAACAUGACCACUCCUAAUAAACUUCUGCGACUGGUGGAUAAUGGGACCCUGCUGUACACUAUGAGAUUAACCAUUCACGCUGAGUGCCCCAUGCAUCUGGAAGAUUUUCCCAUGGACGCCCAUGCCUGCCCACUCAAGUUCGGAAGCUAUGCCUACACAAACAACGAGGUAGUCUACAUCUGGACGGCGGACGAUGAAAAGUCAGUGUCUGUGGCUCCAGACGGCUCUCGCCUCAACCAGUAUGACUUACUGGGUCACGUCAUAGGCAAGGAAACCAUCAAGUCCAGCACAGGAGAAUAUGUAGUGAUGACAACAUAUUUCCAUCUAAAGAGGAAAAUUGGCUAUUUUGUGAUCCAGACGUAUUUGCCCUGCAUCAUGACGGUAAUCCUCUCCCAGGUGUCCUUUUGGCUCAACCGUGAGUCUGUGCCAGCGCGCACCGUUUUUGGCGUCACCACUGUUCUGACUAUGACCACGCUAAGUAUCAGUGCCAGGAAUUCCCUACCCAAGGUGGCCUACGCUACAGCCAUGGACUGGUUCAUGGCAGUGUGCUAUGCCUUUGUAUUCUCAGCACUCAUUGAGUUUGCUACGGUCAACUACUUCACCAAGCGCAGCUGGGCCUGGGAUGGCCAGAAGGAGGGACAGGAUAUGCGGACACGUGAUUCAACCGCCUUCUCCAAAAAGGCCAACAACACUUUCAACAUUGUGGGAACUACGUACCCGAUGAGCGUGGGAAAAGACCCCGGGCUGACGACCAUCGCCAAGAGUGCCACCACCCAAACUCCUGCUCAGCCCCAGCCGGUGCGAGAAGUGCGCCUUUCCAGGAUGGAUGGCGAGUACAUCGUGGAAGGAGCAAAGAAGUCAUACAAUCGUGUCAGCAAAGUGGACAAGAUCUCACGCAUCAUCUUCCCAGUGCUCUUCUUCAUCUUCAACCUGGCCUACUGGGCCACUUACGUCAACAGGAAGCCAUCCAUUACAAGGUCCAACGGCCAGAAAUGA